UUCCCGCUCGGCGCCGCCGUUUCCUUUUCCUCUUCCUCUUCCUCCUCCUCUUCCUCCCGCCGUGGCGAAAGUGCGGCCGCAGGCUCCGCGCUGCCUCCCGCUUCCCUCUCCGGAACGAUUCACUACCGCAGAUUCGUCACCGCCACCCCCCCCCUCUCCAAUCCCCCCACAACUCCGCGCUUCUCCCGGGACCGGAGCGGGACCGAACGCCUUGAUCCCCGUCCUUAAUUUCUUCUUUUCCUUUCUUUUACCUUCCCCGCUUCCCUUCCCUCCCUCCCUUUCCCCGCCGCCGCCGUGGCGAAAGUGCUGCGGGAGCGCUGCUCCGCGGUGGUUCCGCUCCGGUGCGCGGCGGCCGCUUCCCCCCCCCCCCCCUUCUUCCCUUUCCCCCCUCACUUCCCGGUGCUUCCCGGUCCUCCCGAUGCUUCCCCGCCGGGUAACGGCCCCCGAGCGCCGGGCGAUGCCCCCGGGGAGGCGGUGAGAGCUCCGGGAUGGAGGCCCCGGGCUCGGGCUGCGGCCUGGAGGCCGCUCCCCCCGAAGCUCCGAACGGGAGCCCCGGAUCCUCUGAAACCUCCCGGGGAACCGAGGACGGGAGGUUGAGACCCGGUGCCAAGCGGGUGACCUUCCCUUCCGAUGAAGAUAUCGUCUCCGGGGCGGUGGAGCCCAAGGACCCCUGGAGACACGCCCAGAACGUGACCACUGAGGAAAUCCUGACAGCCUACAAGCAAGCCUGCCAGAAACUCAACUGCAAGCAGAUUCCCAAAGUCCUGAAGCAGAUCCAGGAAUUUAAGGAUCUGGCUCCCAGGAUAGACUGCUUGGACCUCAAAGGGGAGAAGUUGGAUUACAAAGCCUGUGAAGCCCUGGAAGAAAUUUUCAAACGUGUCCAGUUUAAAAUUGUGGAUUUGGAGCAAACAAACUUGGAUGAAGAUGGUGCCUCAGCCUUGUUUGACAUGAUUGAGUAUUACGAGUCAGCCACACACCUCAACAUCUCCUUCAACAAGCACAUUGGCACCCGGGGCUGGCAGGCAGCUGCACACAUGAUGAGGAAGACCAACUGCCUGCAGUACCUGGACGCCCGCAACACUCCCCUGCUGGACCACUCGGCGCCGUUCGUGGCCCGCGCCCUCCGGAUCAGCAGCAGCCUGGUUGUCCUCCACCUGGAGAACUCCAGCAUCUCCGGCCGUCCUCUCAUGCUCUUGGCCACGGCUCUGAAGAUGAACAUGAACCUGAGGGAGCUCUACCUGGCAGACAACAAACUGAACGGGCUGCAGGACUCAGCCCAGCUCGGGAACCUCCUCAAAUUCAACUGCUACAUCCAGAUCCUCGACCUACGGAACAACCACAUCCUGGACUCAGGUCUGGCAUACAUCUGUGAAGGGCUGAAGGAGCAGAGGAAGGGGCUGGUGACCCUGGUGCUGUGGAACAACCAACUGACCCACACAGGGAUGGCAUAUUUGGGAAUGACCUUGCCUCACACCCAGAGCUUGGAGACCCUCAACUUGGGACACAAUCCCAUUGGGAAUGAGGGAGUCAGGAACCUCAAAACCGGGCUGAUCGGGAACCGCUCCGUCCUGCGCCUGGGGCUGGCGGCCACCAAGCUGACCUGCGAGGGGGCCGUGGCCGUGGCCGAGUUUAUCGCCGAGAGCCCCCGGCUGCUCCGCUUGGAUCUGCGGGAAAACGAGAUCAAAACGGGGGGGCUGAUGGCUCUGUCCCUGGCCCUGAAGGUCAACAACUCCCUCCUGCGCCUCGACCUGGACAGGGAACCCAAAAAAGAGUCGGUGAAGAGUUUCCUGGAAACCCAGAAGGCUCUGCUGGCCGAGAUCCAGAACGGCUGCAAGAGGAAUUUCAUCCUGGCCAAGGAAAAGGAGGAAAAGGAGCAGAAACUCCAGGAAUCUGCUUCCAUGGCCGAGAUCUCUGGGGGGGAGGAGCUGGAAGGGGAGAAUCCCGAGGGAAAUCCCGGGAUUGGGGGGGAUGGGGACCCCGGAGGCUCCGUUAUCCCCCAGGGAGGGGACACGGAGGUGACAAAUUCCGAGUCGGACACUGAGGAGGAGGAGGAGGAGGAGGAGGAGGAGGAGGACACUGGGUCAGAAACUCCGGAUUUGAGGGCAAAUUCCCAAAUCUGGGAAGAGCCCCUCCCCCCUCCCUGCUUUAAGAAGGAGCCCGGGAUGCUCGGGACCCCCCCUCCUUUAUCCCAACCCCCCCAGCACAGGAUUUCAGUUUCCAGUCCCGGGAGGGGACACAAAGUUUUCCUGGUCACCCGAGUGGAGCCUCUGCCGGACCGAACCGAACCCCCCGGGACCUCUUCCCGACCCAACGGAGCCUUUCCCGAAGCUGCUGAUGGGAAGUGGGGGGCCCGGGACCCCCCAACCCCCCCGGAGGAUCCGUCCCCCCCCCUCCCCCCCCUUCCCAACGGCCUCAAACCAGAGUUUGUCCGGGCGCUGCCGGAGGCGACGCCGGGAGCCGAGGGGAAGGCGGGGAGCUACGGAUCUGAGCACGAACUGAGCUGCUCCAAGAACGAGCAGGAGUUGGAGGAGCUGCUCCUGGAAGCCACCCAGGACACGGGGCAGGAGCUGCUGUGACCCCAGGUGAGUGGGG